AUGUACCGGACGCACGAUCAGAGGCUGGUGUUGUUAUUUACAAUGAAUUUUUAUUUAUGUUUGGUGGAAUUGCCUAUGACGAAAAAGAUGGAAUCUGCAGGAUUCCAGCAGCCUCCAGAACGAUUUUCGCAUUCAGUUGCGUUGUUAUAUGACGAUAAUAAUGAUAGCGACGCUUAUUUGUUAGUGUAUAGUGGUAGGCACUUAUUAUUUUCAAGUUGGACUUUACUGGAUGAUGCAUGGGUCUACGACCUGAGAGUUAACGAAUGGUUGAGUAUAACUCCAUCUACUUACGUCCCUCGUGCCUACACGUCAAUAGUUACGACGAAAGGGUCUAAUAUGUGGUUUUUUGGAGGAUAUUAUAAACCACAACAAAGCUCAAGUGGUUACGUCUACGAUGAUAUUGUUCUUGGCGAGUUCGAUUUUCAAAAAAUGGAAUUGGAAGCACGGCAUGUUAUCACUAGGAGUGAUGAUGCUUCUCCUUCGUUGCGCUAUAAUCACCAAGCUACUAUUUGGCGUGGAGACAGUAUGGUUAUCCAUGGAGGGAGCUACCAAAGCCAACUCGGUGAUGUUUGGGUUUUCAACACGACGAAUGCUGUGACAAUUGAUGCAAAUAUGAAUAAGCUUCCUCUGGACCCGGAAUCACUAGCUUACAUGCUAGGAGCGUUUAUUCUCGUGAUCAUUUUCGUUCUGUUAGCAGUUAUUUUCAGGUGGCGGCGCGCGGAUCGAACUAAUUUACGUACUGCUCAAAUGCGAGGCGUCGCAGUUGUUCGGGGUGUGAUGAAGGAGAGGCUGGACCAACUUCAAAUUACGAAGUAUAAUCGUUCUGAGCGGAAACCAGACACACGAACAGAGCAAUAUCAUGCAGCGAGCGAUAAUUUGAUUGAAAAUGAAGAUAUUUGCCCAAUUUGCUUGAUUGAUUUUGAAGACGGUGAAGACGUUCGAAAUUUACCUUGCAAACACAUAUUUCAUGUCACCUGCAUUGAUGAGUGGCUGAAACGAAAUACAUCAUGUCCAAUGUGCAAAUGCAAUGUGGAUCUAGAUGCUGUAAAUCCAAGUAUCGAUCCACCACCAGCUCCCAUAUUAAGAGGAGGUGCCGUCGUCACGCCUGUCACAUAA